CGGAUAUUGACCUUUCUUACUACACGUCUGAAACACGCCCAUACUCCCACGAAGAUGUCUUCGUCUGCUGGCAACCCGCCUAGCGUGGUGGUGAACACGUCAAAUAACAGACAACAAGUACCGUUGAGGGACUACUUGAAUGCACGAGUUGCGCCGUUCUUGAAGAAGGCUAUCACGCAGAGCCUGGAUGUCGAGGCCGAAUUUCCUCUUCAAUGGCUAGGAGAGUGUCUCAUCCACCAAUCGAUCCUGUACGAAGGCAACCCGGAUCGCACGAACAUUCGUGAGCGCUUUCUAUAUACUUUCGAAGACCCCAAGCCCCAAGACGAUUCAGUACCGGCACCACCGUCUGCGCCGUCAGAAAGUGCUGAAGUUCCGCAAGAAGCGAGCGCACAAGCUCAUUCAGAUGCACCGAUGGAUGAAACGCGCGCAACAGCUGCAGAUCCUAUUGUAGUAACGCAGGAAGUUGGGACAGAGCCAGAGGUGCCUAUACCCGCUGACGCCCCUGUCGCGAACGGAAUCAAAGAGGAAGCGGACACAAAAGAGUCGGAAGUGCAAAGAGAUGGCGAUACGGAGAUGGGAGGCACUGUAUAAGCACAUCUGUGGCACUCUUGAUUGUAUCCAUAGCGUUGGCGUCUGGAAUUAUGUUCACACAUUGAAAUGCAGUGGACGGCUGAAGUUUUGAUACCCUUGGGUGGUAGGAUAUGAUCAAAAGAUUUUGCUCCAGCUUAUUAUACAAAGAAUCUAUGUGUCUAAGAGGUGCGAGAUGCACCUGAGGACCGACGGCAACGUUCAAGGUCGUACAGUCUAUCCUUCCUCGCUAAUUGCGAAAUGCUCUUGACUGUCUUGUUACGAAAAUCUGCUUUGUCCGAGUCAGCGAAGCACUCAUAAGGCCGAAACUUGAAAUUGUGUGUUUGGUGGGAGAAUCAGAAGUCCAGUAAAUUCA